UUCACUGCGUCGUGUCUGUUCCGAACGAAGGCCCGUGAAUAAUUGAUUGAUACAAUACAAUAGUAAUUCUUCUUUGAGACUAAACUGACUUUUCGAGAGGGCAAAAUGGAACGGCCGGCCCUGCUGCAGAAUGGAGAGCUGGGCAACAUGGACUCUUCCACAACCAGACUGGUUAGCAAGCCCUUUCCCAAGCCCUUCUCGAUCGAGAGUCUGAUUGCCAACCAAACACCUGCCAAUACUGCACCGCCAUCGCCGCCCGAGGAGCGGGAUCAGGAGCAGGAGCCGGAACAGGAGCAGGAACUGAGUGCCCGGGCCAUGGUGGCCAGUUCCGCCCUGGGACUGACCCAGUUCCCGCUGUACAAUCCCUGGCUGCACGGCUAUUUCGCCCAGAACCACGAGAGAUUAACGCAUUUAAUUGCCGGCGGCUGCUACCUGCCCUCCAAUCCGGCCAGUCAUCCGGCUCCGCAGCAGCCGCAGGCACAGCCGCCACCACCACCACCACAUGCCUUGGAGAAGCAGCUUCCACCCACCUUGCCGCAUCCGCUGGAUACGCGAUUCCUGCCUUUCAAUCCCGCCGCCGCCGCCGGAGUUGCGCCCACGGAUCUCAGCUACCGGCGACUGGCCGAGCUGAUGAACCAGGACUACGUGCACAGCCUGAGUGUCCAUGCCCGACUGCAGCACAUGGCCGCCGCCGGCAGGAUCCAGGACCAGGACCAGUCGCACCCCGGUUUGCCCCAAGUCCAGGAGGCGAUGCCUCCGCAGGCCCACUCCUCGCCAGCAAAGUCCGGCAGCCACAGUCCCGUGGAGCCAACGCUGGAUGUGGGCAUGGACGAGGACUUCGAGUGCAGCGGCGACUCCUGCAGCGACAUCAGUCUGACCAUGUCCCCCAGGAACUACAACGGAGAGAUGGACAAGAGCCGCAAUGGAGCGUACACCAACUCGGAUAGCGAGGAUUGCAGUGAUGACGAAGGAGCUCAUUCUCGGCAUGAAGGUGGCGGAAUGGGCGGCAAGGAUUCGCAGGGCAACGGCUCCAGUUCCAGCUCCAAAUCCCGUCGCCGGCGCACAGCCUUCACUUCGGAACAGUUGCUGGAACUCGAGAGGGAGUUCCAUGCCAAGAAGUAUCUCAGUCUCACGGAGCGCAGUCAAAUAGCCACCAGUUUAAAACUAAGCGAAGUUCAGGUAAAAAUCUGGUUUCAAAACCGCCGAGCCAAGUGGAAAAGGGUCAAGGCCGGACUCACCUCCCACGGAUUGGGUCGAAAUGGAAGCACCAGUGGCACCAAGAUCGUGGUGCCCAUCCCAGUCCACGUGAACCGGUUCGCCGUUCGAUCCCAGCACCAGCAGCUGGAGAAGAUGUGCCUCAGCGGACCGAAGCCGGAUCUGCGCAAGAAGCUCUCGGCGGAGGCGAUCGGAGGAUUCGAGAAGUUCAGCGGUGCCACCAACGCAGCUCAGCCAGCAGUUGGAUCAGUGGGAUUGGGAGUGGGAGUGGGAGUCGGCUUGGGAGUGGCCACACCCCUCUCCCUGGCCAGGAGCAUCUACUGAUGGAGUUGUGCCAUAAAACUGUGCGAGUGUAAAUACCUAAGGAGGCAGUUCAGCUGCAAAUGGAGUUGUCUUUUUGUA